CCAGUCAGUGACUCAGUGUUCACGUUACCUAGCAACCAGUGUUGCCCAGACAUGGCGGACAAGUCCAACGCAGAAUCUAUUAUAACCGAAACUCAAAAGAGGAUAAGUAACGCAUUUGAGGUGUUUGAUCACGAAUCCAACAAGACUGUUGAUGUCAGAGAAAUAGGCACCAUUAUCCGUUCACUUGGCUGUUUUCCAUCGGAAGCGGAACUACAUGAUAUCAUUGCUGAGCUUGAAGACGAAGAGCCCACUGGGUUUGUGCGCUAUGAGAAGUUUCUUCCAACUAUUACUAAAAUCCUGCUGGAGCGCAAGUUUCGUCCUAUUACAGAAGACCUGCUCCUUCAGGCCUUUGAGGUGUUAGAUCAACAGAAAAAAGGCCACUUGGAACCAGAGGAACUCACCAAGUAUUUAACACAAGAAGGAGAGCCCUUCACACAGGAAGAGAUAGAUGAAAUGCUGUCUGCAGCUGUUGAUCCUGAUAAAAAUGUCAUUCUCUACAAGGACUUUGUGAGCAUGAUGACCUUUGAUGACACUCGAUGAUGGCUGAUGGCAUGAAUAGAUCAAAUGAAUAAGUAGUUUUAUAGGUUAGGAUCAAGGUAUCAUAAACAAAAUCAUCUCAGUUACCAUAAUAAAUAAUAUACUGCACAUGUUAUUUUGACUCUUUACCCAUGGUAUACAUCAUUAAUGGUGUUCAUAAUGCCCAAAUACUCUUUCCUUAUUGUAUAGUUUGGCAAAAUUACACAAUAUGAUAUUUUACUCUAUUCAUAAUUAUUCAAAUAGGCUUUAAAGUGGAGAAUGUGUGCAAGACUGAGAGGGUGUAUCAUGGACUGAUGAUCAUUCUCCCUAUUAAUGAAGCAGGUUUAGCUUCAUUAUAAAGUCAGUGUGUGGUGUCUUUCUUCUUUCAGUUUCAUUAGCAGACUCUGAUACCACAGGUUUUAUGAAGGGGUGGCAUAUUCUUGCAGCUCAUUUUUUUCUAAUUAACCUGUGUCCCAUGAGUUGCCCUCUGUGAACUGACCAGAGAAGCAGUUCUCUGAUGAAGAAAAAAAAGAACUGAUCACUGAUACAAUGUAAUUGUAUUACAAUUGAACAUUAUAGUUCGAAAAAAAAAUUCUGGGCGUACUUUAUCAGUAUACCUUACACAACAAUGAAAUGCAUUACUCUCAGAGAAUAGUGUGAAACUAAAUAUAUUGAGUAAUCUGUAAUUUGAGAAACCCCAAAUAGUGCAUGAGGUAUUGUGUACAAUAUUGUAAAAACUGGAAAAGGCUACAAUAACCAUCUCAGGCUUUCCUGUUUAUAUAUACUUUUUUAUGUAUCAUAAAGUAAAGGUGAAGAUUCAGUGGUUCAAGGAUAGAUUAACAAAUAAUCUGGACAAUGCUGAGUUUUUAGGUUUAUGACAGUUUCCUCUUUGUUUAUGCUAAGGUUAUAUAGGUAUGUGUAUCUUUAUCUUAAGAAUGUACGAUAAAGCAGUACUGUUUCAUUUGACUAAAAACUGAUGGUCGUUUGCUAAUUUCUUACUGUUGAGAGUCUCAAAGCGGUGUGUUAUGGUUAGGAGUGUUUAAUUUAGGUGUGUGAGCAGUAGGUGGCGCUACUUUCCCAUGCUUACAAAAUGUCCCUUCAAAUUCCUACUAACAAUACAGCCAAAACAAUA